AGCCUUUGGGAGACGAAGAAGGAUGCGGAUAUUCUCCUCACAAUGGGUAGCAGCAAGUGGGAGCUCCAUGACAAACUCAUACGCGGCAAGAGUGGCCUGAUUGACCACAUCCUCGAGAUGGUUCAGAUGAAAGAAGGAGUGAGGAAAAUUCCACUCAAGGAGCGCAUGUUCCCUUAUUCGGCUUUGAACACCGUCUUGAAGUACUUCUACUUUGGAGAAAGCCUGAUCGCCGACAAGACGGAUGUAAUCGACCUCCUCUCUUUAUACGAAGUUUCCGCGACCCUCGCCGUUCUCCCUCUACAAGAGGUGAUUGCUUCACAGGAGGGCGCCUUGCUCGGUGAGAUCCUGUCGAGCAGUAUCAACAGAAUCGGAGACUUUUAUAUUGUCAUCGAGGUCAUUAUCGCCGAGCAGGAUGACGCGUGGGUGCCUAUGCACGAAGAGAUGCAGCGAGCCAUCGAGCCCCAUCUCGCAAUGCUUCUUCAACAGGACACGUUCGUCAACCUCGUCAAACAGCAUCAAGAAUUCUGUUUAGAGAUUCUUUCAACUGCUAUUGGUCGCAUCGAGACCCUCGAGAACGCUGGAAAGAAGACCACCAGUAUCAAGGAUACAAGUGACAUCGACCUCCAAGCCAAUGCCGAACAUAGCACUGGUGUUUCGAAGUCAGGAACACAAACCGACAUCCCGCUGCCGCACACUCCGAAGAAGUCCUUCCCUACGGCUACGGUGGCUGCCCCUCUUGUUCGCCCUGGAUCAUCAACUUCACAUGCUUCCACUCACUGGGAGUCCUGCAGCGAGGGUGGUGAAAGAACCGUCCCAGUCAUCGGAACGAGUAAGCCCGUCGCGCCACCAGCCUCUGUUGAGCCUUCAUCGCAUACAGUUGCAGCGCCGAAUGCAUCGUUGAACUUCUCCAGCCAUGUUCAGGAAGAACACCUACCCAUGUCCACGACCGAAGGCUCCAGUGCCCGCCAGACCAAGCAGACGGCUGUUCCUGCCAUCCAUGAGCGGUCUAGUCGCUCAUACGUCUUCAACAGCAAAAGCCUCCCUCAAGGCUUCCAAUUCUCUGGCGGUCCGGAGAGAGAGCAACCUGAGGCCUCUAGCAGCAAAGCCACUACUGGCAACGUUCAGGGGGAGAAGACAACUCAGAGUACCUCUUCAUCUUCACAGGCAAGAGCGACGCAGAGCCCUUCUCCAGCCCCCAGUAUCUGGAAGGCCGACCGAGCAACGAGGAAGCAAAUAAGAAAAGGCCGGCUUAUAGUCGAGCCUCCUGGUGAGUCGCCAAAGCCAUUCAAUUUCUGGUGGUGCGUGGUUUUACUUUGCCACUGGCUGCUCUACUAUAUGAAGACCUUCCUCUCACCAUCAAUACAGAGAUACCAUCCAGCUCACGACCAAACUUCAGUCUCGACGGAGAGGAUUUGGAGAAGAGCUGCAGACCUUCUUGAAGUCGAUCGAUCUCCUGACGUUCCUCAGCGGGCGCAGUGA